UCUACUGGCGUGACGUUGAAAUUGGCUGUGUCUUUCUUGUUCAGCGACUCGAUGCUUCUCUCUCUCUCCCUCUGUGAUCAGUGGGUGAGAGGGGGGACGGAGCUAUCACACAGCGGAGGAUACAGCGUGCGCCUCCGAGUCCUCCUCUCGUUGGCUCAUCUCUCCGUUUUCUCCACCUCUCCGCUCCCUGCUGGAUCCCUUCUGGGGGGGUAAUAACACGAGACCAUUGAAUCAUUCUGCAGCCGUAGCUUUCUGCUUCAUUUCACGGCUGUUCUGAAUGACGGGCGGAAGGUUUGACUUCGACGAUGGAGGAACAUACUGCGGCGGGUGGGAGGACGGUAAAGCCCACGGACAUGGCAUCUGUACCGGGCCAAAAGGCCAGGGCGAAUACGCCGGCUCCUGGUCGCACGGCUUUGAGAUAGUGGGGGUGUACACCUGGCCCAGCGGGAAUACGUACCACGGCUACUGGUCCCAGGGGAAACGGCAUGGGCUUGGGGUCGAAACCAAAGGGAAGUGGACUUACCGCGGUGAAUGGAGCCACGGAUUCAAGGGUCGCUAUGGACUCCGACAGAGUCACAAUACACCUGCCCGGUACGAUGGGACGUGGAGUAAUGGCCUACAGGACGGGUAUGGGAUUGAGACCUAUGGCGACGGUGGUAAGAUAUACCAUUAUACUGUUAUACCGGAUUGGCAUGUAUUUUUUUUUUGUUGUAUAUUGUGUGUGUCUCUUUAAACCGUGAACCAGUGG